UCUUCUGGGUGUGUGAGGGGGGGUGGGGGGUGGGGGUGGAAGGGACCUGUAAGCGUUUUUUUCCCUUGUUGUCCUUAAAUGUUUUUCUGCAAACUUCAUGGAGAGAGGUCUCCUCUCUGACACCAGGCUUGGACUAAUGGAUUACCACCUUCUUGGAUUAAUUUUAGCUUUCCUCAUCGGUGACGCAAAGGUCUUAGCUGGUUACCCCAUUUGGUGGUCUCUGGCACUCGGCCAUCAGUAUACUUCUCUGGGGUCGCAGCCCAUCCUGUGUGGCUCCAUUCCUGGCUUGGUCCCCAAGCAGCUCCGCUUCUGCCGGAACUACAUCGAGAUCAUGCCCAGCGUGGCCGAGGGGGUGAAGCUGGGCAUCCAGGAGUGCCAGCACCAGUUCCGUGGGCGGCGAUGGAACUGCACCACCAUCGACGACAGCUUGGCCAUCUUUGGGCCUGUUCUUGAUAAAGCCACGCGUGAAUCUGCCUUCGUCCACGCCAUUGCCUCCGCUGGCGUGGCGUUUGCUGUGACCCGCUCCUGUGCCGAAGGGACGUCCACUAUCUGUGGCUGCGACUCCCACCACAAGGGGCCGCCGGGCGAAGGAUGGAAGUGGGGCGGCUGCAGCGAAGAUGCUGACUUUGGGGUGCUUGUUUCCCGGGAGUUUGCUGAUGCCCGAGAAAAUCGCCCAGAUGCCCGUUCGGCCAUGAACAGACACAACAACGAAGCCGGCAGGACGACCAUCUUGGAUCACAUGCACUUGAAAUGCAAGUGCCACGGGCUGUCGGGCAGUUGUGAGGUGAAGACCUGCUGGUGGGCCCAGCCAGACUUCCGGGCUAUCGGUGACUAUUUGAAGGACAAGUACGACAGUGCAUCAGAGAUGGUGGUGGAGAAACACCGGGAGUCACGUGGGUGGGUGGAGACCUUGCGGGCCAAGUACGCCCUCUUCAAGCCACCGACAGAGCGGGACUUGGUCUACUAUGAGAACUCACCCAACUUCUGUGAGCCCAACCCAGAGACAGGCUCCUUCGGCACCAGGGACAGAGCGUGCAACGUGACUUCGCAUGGCAUCGAUGGCUGCGAUCUGCUCUGCUGCGGCCGCGGCCAUAACACGAGGACAGAGAAGCGGAAAGAGAAAUGUCACUGCAUCUUCCACUGGUGCUGUUACGUCAGUUGCCAGGAAUGCAUCCGGAUUUACGACGUCCACACUUGCAAAUGAAAAGAGCUCCUUGGAACGGCUGGGGAAUAAAAUGGAAGAGGAAGAGUGCCAGAGAGCCAGGAAGAUGCGCGUGGAGCUCUCCUGCCGCCUGAAAAUGGCUGAGAAGAAUGGACACAACUCCACCCAAAAGCGGAGGCAGGCAAAGGUGUGUGAAAGAAAUCAUCCGGAAAUCAGCCGCACAAAAACUGGACUCUACCAGGCCAGCUUUUUAAACGGAAGUUGCUGUAUUCAGAUUACAAAGUUUCUGAGGCUCUGUUUGUUUGGGGCAGGAGUUGCGCAUGUCAAAAAACAAUCUACAUGUUAAAAUGUGAGGAUGACCCAGGCUCUCGCUAUGGGCACCGAGGGUCAUCAGAGCUGUUCGCUACCCCGUUGCCAUGCAAAAUGUAGCUGGCUGAGGGUCCAUUUGAAGGGUGACCAUAACCCAUUUGGCCCCCAAGGGUUAGGGUUACGUUGUUUCACCCAUGAAGUAAAUAUGUGAACAUGCCAUUUUAUGUACACCUGUCAGACAUGAACCCCAGUGACCUUCCUUCCACCCCCAAAACAUCUCUGUAGACAGCCUCAGUUUCUAGUCUGCUGGAGAUUGACGCAUUGUUUUUGAGGGGAUGAGGAGGAUUUGGCUAACUUCACAAGGGAAGAACUCCUGUGUCCCGGCCUUUCCCAGUGUCAUCUGUCAAAGGUGAUCCAACGAAAUUAUAUAUAGAUAUAUAUAUAGAUAUAUUUAAAUACACCCUAUUUAAUGUGUAUAUACAUUUUUUGUUAUUAUAACCCACACAUUUUUCAAAAGGACUGGGGCCAGCCAGGGUGGGGAAGAAGAAGAAGAGUUUGGAUUUAUAUCCCCCCUUUCUCUCCUGCAGGAGACUCAAAGGGGCUGACAAUCUCCUUGCCCUUCCCCCCUCACAAC